AUGUACUCAGCAUGCACGUUUUCCUGUCAAGGAGGCUUCAUCAGAUAUGCUAAGACCGAACCUUCUUGCGAUAAAUUAGUUGGACCGCUCAACAACUGUCAUUGUCGGUACAGCGAUGGGAAAGACCCAACAUCUUAUCGUGACAUUGACUUUAGCCCACUCGGCAGAAAUGAUGGCAAACCAGCGUUUACGUACAAAGAGAAUCCAAACGAUGAUUACAAGUAUGCAUAUAACCCAUGUCAUCCAUUCAAAGAUGAGUUCUGUACCACCAAUACAGCGGCAUGUCAAGUAUCAAAGGAUGAAACGGUUUCUUGGCCAAUAGGUGACCCGGAUGUAGUUGCCUUUGAAGUGAGAGAUACUGACAUAGUAUUAACGUAUGCAGAAGUUGCAGGAAGAUUGGCAGUUGUUCAUUUUCAGUGUGAUAAGAAGGCAUUAUCAACGGCGACAUACAAACCACUUGGUGAGCAGGCAGAUGGAUAUCAUUUUAACAUCAGAACAUGUCUUGCAUGUUUAGAAGACAUACCAAACUGCUAUACUGAUAAAGGUGGCAUUACACCUGGAGCAAUCUUAUGUAUCGUUUUUGCAGUAUUUGUCCUUGUCUACUUCAUUGGUGGUAUGUUGGUUCAAAAGUUUGGUCGAGGUGCGACGGGUAAAGAAGUGAUUCCAAACUACACAUUCUGGUCUGAUCUUCCUGCUUUGAUCAAGGAUGGAUUCAUGUAUCCAAUAAACUCAUGCAGAAGAAGCAGCAGUAGAUCUAACUAUGAAACGUUCGACUGAAGAAUAAGGUAGUAAUGAUGCGCCUACACCGGGUAAAAUGAUUAGAAAAUGUAUAUCCUCAACAUUUGCCUAAUUGUCCCAUUAUCAUAAUCUAUGAUAUGUAUAGAAAUAAGUCUCGAUUUACUGUGUCAGUGGCGUAAUGGGCCAAACAUUUUGAGGGGCCAUUUUGAUAAUACAUCGGACAACAUUCAUAAAAAGAGUUAUUAACGAGUGAGCGAGCGAGCAAAAAUUUCGACAUUUAUUUUAAAAACCCAAUUUUAUUUCACCUUUCUCGCUUUCCCUCUCUUUUUUUUCUUCUUGGUCUUGAAAUAUUGGGG